AUGUUGACGCCGUCAUCUCCGUCUUCUUCUUCUUCUUCUGCUGAGCUCAAAGUCAAAGAACAAUGGGGAGAGAGAGUUUCAAAAGCAGUAAUUUCAUUGUACGAAUCUUUACCGAAGAAAGGGAAGCCUCAGGGCCGGGAAGUUACCGUCUUGGCUGCUUUUCUGCUGUCUUCCCCUUCCGGAGAAUUGAAAGUUGUGGCAUUGGGGACGGGGACGAAAUGCAUUGGACGGUCGAGGAGGAGUUCGAAAGGGGACGUGAUCAAUGAUUCCCAUGCUGAGAUUAUUGCAAGAAGAGCUCUUUUAAGGUACUUCUAUUCGGAAAUUGAGAGUCUAACUCUUUCACACGAGAAGUUCAAGGACCAUGGUGGAACUUGUGUUGAUGUUGAAAACCAGCAUUCCUGUUUGGAGAAUAUUAGAGACCAAGCAAAAAUGUUCAAAAUGAAGCAGGGAUGGAAUUUGCAUUUGUACAUAUCACAGUUACCUUGUAGGUGGAGUGGCCUCUGUUAA